UACAGCGGCCAAAACAUGGGGGAUAUGGACCCCCACAUCUUUGCUGUGGCAGAAGAAGCCUACAAGCAGAUGGCCAGAGAUGAGAAGAACCAGUCCAUCAUCGUCAGCGGGGAGUCCGGAGCAGGCAAGACUGUGUCAGCCAAGUACGCCAUGCGCUAUUUUGCCACCGUUGGUGGCUCAGCCAGUGACACCAACAUAGAAGAGAAGGUGCUGGCGUCCAGCCCCAUCAUGGAGGCCAUUGGAAAUGCUAAAACCACCCGCAAUGACAACAGCAGCCGGUUUGGCAAGUAUAUUCAGAUUGGCUUUGACAAAAGGUACCACAUCAUUGGGGCCAACAUGAGGACCUACCUGUUGGAGAAGUCCAGAGUGGUCUUUCAGGCAGAGGAUGAGAGGAAUUACCACAUCUUCUAUCAACUCUGUGCUGCUGCGAGUCAUCCAGAACUUAAAGAACUUGCACUCACUUGUGCGGAGGACUUCUUCUAUACGUCGCAGGGGGGAGACACGUCCAUCGAGGGUGUGGAUGAUGCUGAGGACUUUGAGAAGACCCAACAAGCCUUCACACUCCUCGGAGUGAAAGAGUCCCAUCAGAUAAGCAUUUUUAAGAUAAUUGCUUCUAUCCUACACCUUGGAAAUGUGGAGAUUCAGGCUGAGCGUGAUGGUGAAUCCUGUAGUAUAUCACCCGAGGACGAGCACCUGAACAACUUCUGCCGACUGCUGGGGGUGGAGCACAGCCAGAUGGAGCACUGGCUGUGCCAUCGCAAACUGGUCACCACCUCGGAGACCUACGUCAAGACCAUGUCCCUGCAGCAGGUGGUGAACGCACGCAACGCCCUGGCCAAGCACAUCUACGCCCAGCUGUUCAGCUGGAUCGUGGAGCACGUCAACAAGGCCCUGCACACCUCCCUCAAGCAACACUCCUUCAUCGGGGUCCUGGACAUCUACGGGUUUGAGACAUUUGAGGUCAACAGCUUUGAGCAGUUCUGUAUCAACUAUGCGAACGAGAAGCUCCAGCAGCAGUUCAACUCGCACGUAUUCAAACUGGAGCAAGAAGAGUACAUGAAGGAGCAGAUCCCCUGGACCUUGAUUGAUUUUUAUGAUAACCAACCUUGCAUCGACCUCAUCGAAGCUAAGCUGGGCAUCUUGGACCUGCUGGAUGAAGAAUGUAAGGUCCCCAAAGGAACAGACCAGAACUGGGCUCAGAAGCUGUAUGACCGGCAUUCUGGCAGCCAGCACUUCCAGAAACCCCGCAUGUCCAACACGGCCUUCAUUGUCAUCCACUUUGCCGACAAGGUGGAGUACCUUUCUGACGGCUUUCUGGAGAAAAAUAGAGACACGGUGUAUGAAGAGCAGAUCAACAUCCUGAAGGCCAGCAAGUUCCCGCUGGUGGCUGACUUGUUUCAAGAUGACAAGGACUCCGUGCCGGCCACUGCCGUGGCUGGAAAGGGCUCGUCUUCGAAGAUCAACAUUCGCUCCGCCAGGCCGCCCCUGAAAACCGCCAACAAGGAACACAAGAAAACCGUGGGCCACCAGUUCCGCACCUCCCUGCACCUGCUCAUGGAGACCCUGAACGCCACGACUCCACACUACGUCCGCUGCAUCAAGCCUAAUGACGAGAAGCUCCCCUUCCACUUUGACCCAAAGAGAGCAGUGCAGCAGCUCAGAGCAUGCGGGGUGUUGGAGACGAUUCGGAUCAGUGCGGCCGGCUACCCAUCCAGGUGGACCUACCAUGACUUCUUCAACCGGUACCGGGUUCUGGUCAAGAAGAGGGACCUGGCCAGCACGGACAAGAAGGCCAUCUGCAAGUCCGUCCUGGAGAGCCUCAUCAAGGAUCCUGACAAGUUCCAGUUUGGCCGCACCAAGAUCUUCUUCCGGGCAGGCCAGGUGGCCUACCUGGAGAAGCUUCGGGCUGACAAGUUCCGGGCAGCUACCAUCAUGAUCCAGAAAACCGUCCGGGGCUGGCUGCAGAAGGUGAAAUACCGCAGACUGAAGGGGGCCACCCUGACCCUGCAGCGGUAUUGCCGAGGACACCUGGCCCGGAGGCUGGCCGAGCACCUGCGGAGGACCCGGGCGGCCGUGGUGUUCCAGAAGCAGUUUCGCAUGCGGAGGGCCCACCUGGCCUACCUGCGGGUGCGCGGGGCCGCCAUCACCAUCCAGGCCUUCGCCCGGGGCAUGUUCGUGCGCAGAGCCUACCACCAGGUCCUCGCGGAGCACAAGGCCAGCGUCAUACAGAAGCAUGUGCGGGGCUGGGCAGCUCGCAGGCAUUUCCGGCGCCUGCGAGGUGCGGCCAUUGUCAUCCAGUGCGCUUUCCGGAGGCUCAAGGCCAGGCAGGAGCUGAAGGCCCUCAAGAUUGAGGCCCGCUCCGCAGAGCACCUGAAACGCCUCAACGUGGGCAUGGAGAACAAAGUGGUGCAGCUGCAGCGGAAGAUCGACGACCAGAACAAAGAGUUCAAGACGCUGUCGGAACAGCUGUCGGCCGUCACGUCCACGCACACCAUGGAAGUGGAGAAGCUGAAGAAGGAGCUGGCCUAUUACCAGCAGAACCAGGUCGGGGACAGCAGCCUGAGGCUGCAGGCGGAGGUGGAGAGCCUGCGGAUGGAGCUGCAGAGGGCCCACGCGGAGCGCAAGGUCCUGGAGGAUGCCCACGCCAGGGAGAAAGAUGAGCUGAGAAAGCGAGUUGCAGACCUGGAGCAAGAAAAUGCUCUCUUGAAAGAUGAGAAAGAACAGCUGAACAGCCAGCUCCUCCGCCAGUCCCAUGGUGAGUCUGCCCAGAGCGCUGUCAAGGAGAAUCUCCUGAUGAAGAAAGAGCUGGAGGAGGAGCGUUCCCGGUACCAGAACCUAGUGAAGGAGUAUUCACGGCUGGAGCAGAGAUACGACAACCUUCGGGAUGAGCUAACCAUCAUGAAGCAAGCCCCAGGCCAUAGGCGGAACCCCUCAAACCAAAGCAGCUUAGAGUCUGACUCCAAUUAUCCCUCCGUCUCCACGUCUGAGGUCGGAGACACAGAGGAUGCCCUCCAGCAGGUGGAGGAAAUCAGCCUGGAGAAGGCGGCCAUGGACAUGACGGUCUUCCUGAAGCUGCAGAAAAGAGUGCGGGAGCUUGAACAGGAGCGGAAGAAGCUGCAGGUGCAGCUGGAGAAGAGAGAGCAGCAGGACAGCAAGAAAGGCCAGGAGGAGCAGCUGAAGAAUGAGGCAGGCCUGGACCAGGACGAGGCUCUCGCCUACAACAGCCUGAAGAGGCAAGAGCUGGAGUCAGAGAACAAGAAGCUCAAGAAUGACCUGAACGAGCUGAGGAAAGCCGUGGCCGACCAAGCCACGCAGAACAACUCUACCCACAGCUCCUCAGACAGCUACAGCCUGCUGCUGAACCAACUCAAGCUGGCCAGUGAGGAGCUUGAGGUUCGCAAAGAGGAGGUGCUCAUCCUGAGGACCCAGAUUGUCAGCGCUGACCAGCGUCGACUGGCCGGCAAGAGCACGGAGCCAAGCAUUAAUGCCAGAACAAGUUGGCCAAACAGUGAAAAGCAUGUAGAUCAGGAAGAUGCUAUUGAGGCCUACCACGGGGUCUGCCAGACAAAUAGCAAGACUGAGGACUGGGGAUAUUUGAAUGAAGAUGGAGAACUCGGCUUGGCCUACCAAGGCCUAAAGCAAGUUGCCAGGUUGCUGGAGGCCCAGCUGCAGGCCCAGAGCCGCGAGCAUGAGGAGGAGGUACAGCGGCUCCAGGCCCAGGUGGAGGCGCUGAGGGAGGAGCUGGACAGGCAGCAACAGACCUUCUGCCAGACGCUGCUGCUGUCCCCGGAGGCCCAGGUGGAGUUCGGCGUGCAGCAGGAGCUCUCCCGGCUGACCAACGAGAACCUGGACCUGAAAGAGCUGGUAGAAAAGCUAGAAAAGAAUGAAAAGAAGCUCAAAAAACAGCUGAAGAUUUACAUGAAGAAAGUCCAGGACCUGGAAGCGGUGCAGGCCUUGGCCCAAAGUGAGAGGAAGCGCCACGAGCUCAACAGGCAGGUCACCGUCCAGCGGAAAGAGAAGGACUUUGAGGGCAUGCUGGAGUACCACAAGGAGGACGAGGCCCUCCUCAUCCGGAACCUGGUGACAGAGCUGAAGCCCCAGGCGCUGGCAGGCACGGUGCCCUGCCUCCCAGCCUACAUCCUCUACAUGUGCCUCAGGCACGCCGACUACAUCAACGACGACGUCAAGGUGCACUCCCUGCUCACGUCCACCAUCAAUGGCAUCAAGAGAGUCCUGAAGAAGCACAAUGACGACUUUGAGAUGACAUCCUUCUGGUUAUCCAACACCUGCCGUCUCCUCCACUGCCUGAAGCAGUACAGUGGGGAUGAGGGCUUCAUGACUCAGAACACCGCCAAGCAGAAUGAGCACUGUCUGAAGAAUUUUGACCUCACUGAAUACCGCCAGGUGCUGAGUGACCUUUCCAUUCAGAUCUACCAGCAGCUCAUUAAGAUCGCAGAGGGGCUGUUGCAGCCCAUGAUAGUGUCUGCCAUGUUGGAAAAUGAGAGCAUUCAGGGUCUCUCUGGUGUAAAACCGACGGGCUACCGGAAUCGCUCCUCCAGCAUGGUGGAUGGAGACAAUGUAUACUGCCUGGAAGCCAUCAUCCGCCAGAUGAAUGCCUUUCAUACAGUCAUGUGCGACCAGGGCCUGGACCCUGAGAUCAUCUUGCAGGUAUUCAAACAGCUCUUCUACGUGAUCAACGCGAUGACUCUCAACAACCUGCUUCUGAGGAAGGAUGUCUGCUCCUGGAGUACAGGCAUGCAACUCAGGUACAAUAUAAGUCAACUUGAGGAGUGGCUUCGGGGAAGAAACCUUCACCAGAGUGGAGCAGUCCAAACCAUGGAACCUCUGAUCCAAGCAGCCCAACUCCUGCAGCUAAAGAAGAAAACCCCUGAGGAUGCCGAGGCCAUCUGCUCGCUGUGCACCUCCCUCAGCACCCAGCAGAUUGUCAAAAUCUUAAACCUUUAUACUCCCCUGAAUGAAUUUGAAGAACGGGUAACAGUGGCCUUUAUACGAACAAUCCAGGCACAACUGCAGGAGCGCAAUGACCCCCAGCAGCUGCUGCUAGACUGCAAGCAUAUGUUUCCUGUUUUGUUUCCAUUUAAUCCAUCUUCUCUGACCAUGGACUCAAUCCACAUCCCAGCGUGUCUCAAUCUGGAGUUCCUCAAUGAAGUCUAAAAUUGCACAUUCCCAACUUUGGCACAAUUUCCAGUGAAGCAAGGAGCCCAACAGUCAAGCCAAUGUAAAGAUCUGUUCAAUCUGCCAAAGUAGAUCAGAGGUUGAGUGCCUGUGCGGCGUGCUGAACUACACAGUAAGAGACUUUUGUACCUACUGCUCAGAAUAAAAACACUUGAAAUA